AUGGGCUGGGAACCCCUCCCGUUGUUGUUGUAUGGCUUUGCCAUCCACCCACUGAGCCAUGCAUCUCCAACUACCAACGACCGCGUGUCGUCGAUUGGUCCUCCCCGACUCGAGCUCGAUGCAAUACCCGAACACGCACAUCGCAAUCCCCACUUGGCCCGUCUCGACGUUGGCGAUGAGAUUUACGCGUUCGAGGCAUGGAGAGACGCUGGGCCCACUUGGUAUCGCGGGUACAUUGUCUGUACAUCCAACACACCAUCGGCCCCAGCUCCACCCGACCCCUCCCCUGCCCAAUCUACCAUCCUGGGCAUCCCUCCGGCCCAAGACAACACAACAGUCGUGGAAGAUCCCCAAGUGACGAUCGGAAUAUUCCCCGCUACGCACGUCCACAUCCGCGAUGAACUCCCAGACGCAGAAGGCCUCCCAUCCUCGCCCAGGCCUUGCACCCCAGCAGGCUUCCACAUGGCCACUCUCCAGGAAGAACCUGAUUCGCCUCGCUCCCCUCUACACGAAAAACCAGAGGCUCCAAGGCCGACCCUCAAGUCCGGCGACGAGACCGCUCUGGGUCUAGUUGAACCGCUUGUCGAUGAGAUUGCCUCGGCUCUGCGCGAAUGGCACGCUCGCCUGUUCACGUACCUUGCUAAACGAGACUACCGAACGUUCACUUCGGGGGAUGAGCUCCGAGGAAUCCGCCGCGCUAAGACGAGAAUGCGUCAUGCGCCUCGUACGGGGCAACGUCGCCCAGGGACUCGACGUGCUUGUCCGUCACCCGGCAGGGGGAGGCCUCGAUUUGUUCUUCCCCCUCCUGCUCCUGCCCUAUUGAGCAACCCGCAGUCGCAGUCUCGUGGUAGAAAAGAAGAAACGACCCGUCCAAAGUUCCAUCACAUCCUUCUCGACCUGCGCGCGUUCGUAGCCGCACCCUGCGCACCAGGCGAAUACACCGAACUCUUCUUUUCGCUCUAUUCCAAAGCCGGCGCAUCGUUCGUCACCGAAGACUUUUGCGUCAUACUCAAUCGCAACGGUAGGCGAAUCUACCGAUGGGACGAUCGGAAACCGGAAGCUCCGAUUCGCACGCUCUUUACGGACUUGGGAUCACACGACCUCUCCGAGGGACUCGUGCUCGUAUGCCGGAUCGUAAGGCGCGGUGGGAUGAAACUCGCCCCGGACGGCGAAGCCGAGAGCCCGGGUAAACCAGGAAUGGGCACCAUCGAAGAAUCAAACACGCUUGGGCUGGGGGCCGUAUCUGAGCAAGGCCACGGAUCGUUUUCGAGUGCGCGGUCGCCGAGACGAGGGAGCGAGCCGAUGUACAAGUCGGUUUGGGAGGAUAGUAUGACCCAGCUCCCGCCCCCUGCGCAAACGAAACCGCGACGCAAGUCGAAAUCGGAGACGGCCGAGGAUUUGAGGCGACCGUUUGGAUGCGCGGUGCUCGAGUUGGACUUGGGAGCCUCGACGAGGAAGGGGUUGCCGGUUCUCAACGCUUCACCAAGAUAUCCUCCGAGCCGACGAACGGUGCAUGGAAAAAAGUCCAAGAUCGACGCACGGCGAUUGAUCGGGGAAAACCACAGGGCCGACAUGAUAGCCGUCACUCUCAAAACACUCUACGGCGACUCUGCCACACUCAUCCACGAAAACCCGUCCCUGCUCCAUUCGGUGCCUUUAACUUCGAGGUUGGGUUUCCCGGACGUGGUGUUCCCGGGAGACACCCGCAACGAUGCGUUUAUUAAGCUCUGGUCCGGAGAAUUUCAGCACACGGGCUCGCCGGCGAGUUCGCUGACUCGCGCAAGAACGCGAAAGAGCAUCGGUGCACUCGUCGGGGGGAUGGGAGGGCUCGGCCCACCCAGCGUCGAAGUCUCGGUCCAAGUCCGAACUCGGGGCGGCCGAACACUCGACACGAUCCUCUCAGCUGGAUCCGGCCAGCCACCGCAAUCCACCUUCCGCUCCACGGUGCUCUACAAAUCCCACACGCCGAGCUACGGAGAGCUCGUCAAGGUCAAGCUCGAGGACGAGGCGGACCACUUGUUCUUCACGUUUCGGAACCGCCGCGGACCGGCCUUUGCGUUUGCCUAUCUCCCGCUCUUCCCGGACGGGCGCGCGUUUGUCUCGGACGGGACGCACAGGCUCGUGUUGUACAAGACGGAAAAGAUUGAAAGUGUUCAGCCGAAAGAUUACUUUGGUGCGCCCGCGUCUGUCCCCGGUCCCAGCACCAAGAUCGAGCUCGCGCCCGCGCUGGCGAGGGUGCUCCAGCCUACACGGGACGCGCUCGUCGACAAGGACGAGCUCGCGAGCGUGCUGGGCAAGUUUACGUUUGUGGGCGAAGUCGAGAUCGUCAAGUUCCUCCAGGACAUAUUCGACGCGCUCUUUGCGGUGUUGGUCUCUCCCCUCAACUCGCGCGGCGAGCUGGACGACUUGGUGUUUUCUGUGCUGGUCACUGUUCUGGGUAUCAUCCAAGACAGGCGGUUCAACAACUUUCAGCCUGUGCUGGACGUGUACAUCGACCAGCACUUUUCGUGCGCUGCGGCCGCGGGACAUAUGAUUCAUUCCAUGAACCGGCUGUUAUCGAGCCCUAGCGGGGAGGAAACGCGAGCACACAAACUAUUGCACUCCAACACUUUGCAUCCAUCCUUCCAGACCUGUCAAUCGUUUUCGACCACCGAACUCGUCCCCAUUGUAACGGGGUUUACCAAUUCACUCGUUAGCACCAAGGGCAAACUCGUAGUUUGGAAACUCUUGAUGUACAUCCAAUUCGUCCGGAGCUUUGUAUUCGACGAUCCAAAAUCGCGUUCGCUCCUCGUCGAGUCGAUCAUCUCGUGGAUCAAGCCCCAUUUUGGCAAGUUUAACGAGUUCACUAUGACUAGCGCUGGAGAUUCGGAUGCGGCUCGGGAUGCGGCUCGAGUUGGGUGGCUGGAGACGACGCGGUUGUGUAUAACGGUCGUGGCGGUUAUGCUCGAUAAGCUUCAGAUGUGUUUGGUCGACCCUACGAUUCGGGCCGAUAGGAGGUUGUUCAGACAAGAAGAGGACAAUGUGGAAUUUCUGCUCUCCCUUCUCCCCAAGUGA